CGCACCACGCUGAUGACGUUGCAGCAGGAAAAACAAACAUGGCGUCCGGACAGCAAUGGGUGUUGGUGGAGAUGGUUCAGGCGUUUUACGAGGCUCCUGCGUAUCAUCUGAUCCUGGAGGGAAUCCUCAUCCUGUGGAUCAUCAGACUCCUCUUCUCUAAGACCUACAAACUCCACGAGACCUACAGACUCACCGAGAAGGAGAAGGAGGACCUGAUUGAGGAGUGGCAGCCUGAGCCUCUGGUUCCUCCUGUUUCUAAAGACCACCCCUCCAUUAACUACGACGUCGUCACCGGACCUCCCAGCCAUAAAAUCAUCAUAAAUGGAAAAGAGUGCAUCAACUUUGCAUCGUUGAACUUCCUGGGUCUCCUUGACAAUGAGCGCGUUAAGCAAAAAGCUCUGGCAUCUCUUAAGAAAUACGGCGUGGGCACGUGUGGUCCGAGAGGAUUCUACGGGACGUUUGACGUUCAUCUGGAGCUGGAGAGUCGUUUGGCCAAAUUCAUGAAGACAGAAGAAGCCAUCAUCUACUCAUACGGCUUUGCAACCAUCGCCAGUGCGAUCCCGGCCUACUCCAAGAGAGGAGACAUCAUCUUUGUGGAUGAAGCUGCCUGCUUCUCCAUCCAGAAGGGUCUCCAGGCAUCUCGCAGCUUCAUCAAAUACUUCAAACACAACGACAUGGACGAUCUGGAGAGGCUGCUGAAGGAGCAGGAGCUGGAGGACCAGAAGAAUCCUCGUAAAGCUCGAGUGACCCGGAAGUUCAUCGUGGUGGAGGGUCUGUACAUCAACACGGCAGACAUCUGUCCGCUCCCUGAACUGGUGAAGCUGAAGUACAAGUACAAGGUGCGGAUCUUUCUGGAAGAGAGCAUGUCGUUUGGCGUUUUAGGAGAACACGGUCGAGGAGUCACAGAACACUUUGGCGUCAAUAUUGAUGACAUCGAUCUGAUCAGUGCUAACAUGGAGAACGCCGUGGCGUCCAUCGGAGGAUUCUGCUGUGGGCGAUCAUUCGUCAUCGACCAUCAGCGUCUGUCCGGUCAGGGUUACUGUUUCUCCGCCUCUCUGCCCCCCAUGUUGGCUGCUGCCGCCAUCGAGGCUCUCAGCAUCAUGGAGGAGGAUCCAGAUAUUUUUAAUGUCCUGAGGGAAAAAUGCAAACAAGUUCACACAGCUCUACAGUGGACUCCAGGUCUAAAGUUGGUGGGCGUCCCGUUGGCCCCGGCUCUUCACCUGCAGCUGGAGAAAAGUUCAGGAUCCAGAGACGCAGACAUGCAUCUGCUGCGCUCCAUCGUAGAUUAUUGCAUAGACAGAAACGUGGCUCUGACUCUGGCUCGUUACCUGGACAAAGAGGAGCGUUUCCUCCCUCCGCCCAGCAUCAGGGUGGUGGUGACCGUGGAGCAGACGGACGAGGACAUCCAGAAAGCUGUUACCUGUAUCAGAGACGCAGCUUCAGCCCUCAUUAAAUGAUGAAGAUGAUGAUGAAGAUGUGUCAGUUGAACCAGCAGAGCUUCAGCAGCAGGAGAAGAAGAGGCUCAUCGUCACUGUGAAGUCUGGUUUAUACCUCUGCAUCAGAUUUAUGCUUAUAUAUUCAGCGCAUGCCUCUAAAAACAUCACUACACUUUACAUGAGGCAGAGCGAGGCCUGUGAUUGGUCCGCUGGGUAGCACCGGGGGACUCCUCUCUUUUCUUCUUUACAGUAGCUGCACUAGGAGCUGGUGUAGAGAUCAGAGUGGGAGGAGUCUGUAGAGCGAUGCGGCGCUCUCUGUGGUGUAGGUCGUUGCUGCGUAGAUUUGACACAGAGGUAUAAACCAGACUUCAGGAGAACACUCCAGAACCGAUGCUGCACCCUGAAUGUGUCAGGAGGAUCUCCAUUGAUUUAAACACUGUACAUCCCAGAUGUGAUUUAGUUUUCUCCUUUUGUAUUGAUAAUUAUUCCCUUCGUUUUCAUGCAUCAUGUGCCAUAAACGCCACAGCUCCUCCACGCCGUUUGUCUGAAUGUACGUUUGGACUCUGCAGAGAAUGAAGACGAUAAAACCACAGAUACAGACAGAUAUAUCUUUAUCUGCUCAGACCAAAUGCCUCCAUGCUUCUGACCAAAUAAAAAUGUUUUAUUUAAAUGUUUUUGAACACCGGGGUUC